ACUGUUUAGAAGCUAAGAGGGAAGCCGAUCUGUCAUUAGAAAUCUCCAGACUGCCUUCCACAGUGGCUGAACUAAUUUACAUUCCCAUCAGCAGUGUGUGUCAGCUGAAAGCAUGGUACACCUUCCUGGGACUUGACGGGAGGGGAGGACAAUGCAAGUAUGCAGAUGAUUCUAUUUCUUGCUGUUCUACAUUUCAAAAAGAGCAGUUCUUCUCUCAUUUGAAGUCUUGACUCUUUUCUGAAAAAGUUUGGUAAGUUCAGGCAUUUGAACACUCAGUCACAUGCGGCAGAACCUAGCACAUGGAGGACAGCUGACUCUACAGAACCAGGGAUUUGGGUUUUGCAAUGGAACAAAUAUGGUUGCUGCUGCUUCUAACAAUUAGAGUGCUUCCGGGGUCUGCUCAGUUCAACGGCUACAACUGUGAUGCCAACCUCCACAGUAGAUUUCCUGCUGAAAGAGACAUCAGUGUCUAUUGUGGAGUGCAGGCCAUUACGAUGAAGAUUAAUUUUUGCACGGUACUUUUCUCGGGUUAUUCGGAAACAGAUCUGGCACUGAAUGGAAGGCAUGGGGACUCCCACUGCAGAGGGUUCAUCAAUAACAACACCUUUCCAGCAGUGGUCAUUUUUAUCAUCAAUCUCAGCACCUUGGAGGGCUGUGGAAACAACCUGGUGGUAUCCACAAUUCCUGGAGUCAGUGCUUAUGGAAAUGCAACUUCAGUGCAAAUAGGAAAUAUUUCAGGAUAUAUUGAUACUCCAGACCCACCAACAAUCAUCAGCUAUCUACCUGGGCUUCUUUACAAAUUUAGUUGUAGUUAUCCAUUGGAAUACCUGGUUAAUAAUACCCAGCUUGCUUCGUCCUCAGCUGCUAUUUCUGUGAGAGAGAACAAUGGCACAUUUGUCAGCACUUUGAACCUGCUCCUUUAUAACGAUUCAACCUACAACCAGCAGUUAAUUAUCCCCAGUAUAGGAUUACCUUUGAAAACCAAAGUAUUUGCAGCUGUCCAAGCCACUAAUCUGGAUGGCAGAUGGAAUGUUUUAAUGGAUUAUUGCUAUACUACCCCAUCAGGAAACCCAAAUGAUGACAUUCGAUAUGAUCUUUUCCUUAGCUGUGACAAGGACCCUCAGACCACCGUCAUUGAGAAUGGCCAAAGCCAGCGGGGCCGGUUUUCUUUUGAAGUGUUCCGAUUUGUGAAACACAAGAAUCAGAAAAUGUCCACUGUCUUCUUGCACUGCGUUACCAAGCUCUGCAGAGCAGAUGACUGCCCCUUCCUCAUGCCGAUUUGCAGCCACAGAGAAAGGAGAGAUGCUGGGAGGAGGACGACUUGGAGCCCCCAGAGCUCUUCUGGCAGCGCGGUUCUCUCUGCUGGUCCCAUCAUUACUCGGAGUGAUGAGACUCCAACCAACAAUUCGCAACUUGGUUCUCCAAGUGUGCCUCCCUUCCAGCUGAAUGCCAUCACCAGCGCACUGAUAUCAGGAAUGGUCAUUCUGGGAGUUAUGAGCUUUUCUCUUCUUCUGUACUCACUGGCCCUUCUGCACAGGAAGGGACCCACCAGUUUAGUGUUGAAUGGCAUAAGAAACCCAGUCUUUGACUGACUAUAACAGGUUCCUGCUCUCUGGAGAAGGCUUCACUGACUAAACUAUGUGUGACUGCAGUCAGUGUUCCGUCUGAAUUUCAUGUCAGUCCACAUUCAAUAUUUGUAGGUUUGAUAAAUUUCACAGCAUAGCUUGUCAGCAUAAUGAUAGUGAAAGAAGUUUAUAAUAUUGCUAUUGUCACUUAUGUACGUGGCCAGCCGUAUUUUUAUGCCACCAGUGAAUAUAUUGACAAUAAGUGAAAAAUAUUCAGGACUUAGGGCUUACAGGAUCAGUAAUAUUUCAUUUUAUUUCAGUUUUUUUUGAUUGUUGGUUAAAAGAUAAAAGGCGGGAGUAGACAAAAAAUGAAAUGUGUUGCAUUUCCCUCUUAAGCAUUAAUGGCAUUUAGAUUUGCACACGUGGUCCUAGAAUAAAUGUUGCCUUUUGUUUUAAUCCAGAUAUUCCCAGCUUCAGGAUGUGUUUUAAUAGGACUGGCCAAUUUGGAUACCUGAGAUUUAACUACUCAUUCUAUGACCUCCUGUGUUUUUGGCCGAUUUUCAUGUCUGACCAUAUUCAUUUUAAAAGAAACUCUUGGGACAUAUCUCUUAACCUGGGGCACCCUUUUGUGUAGAAGAUAGUGAAAAUAGUUGUUAGCUUCCAAAGCUACUACUAAGUGGCCCUACAUCAUUAUUCGUUAGAAUAGGAAUGGCUGCGAUCAGUUUUCCUCUUCUGGUUCAGGUGAGAACACCAGCACAUGUUAACUCUCCUCCCAGGUAAACAGUUCAGCUGCUGUUGCAGCUGUGCUUCCAGCAGUGAGGUAACUAUGCAAAGAUUAUUUUUAAUUCAAGAAUCAUCACAUGUGAAAACAAGCUGUAGUUGUGAAAAGAGAACAUUAUCAUCAGCUCAUAAGCAUACUGUUCCUAGAAGGGUUUUUAACAAUUUAGAUUCCCUUUUUCCUAAAACAAAAAGGAAACUUAGGUUAAGUGUAGUUUGCAGAACAUUGUUGGAAUCUACAUAAAAAGAUAUUCCUUCCCCCCAUAUUUUUGAUGCCAGGCAAUAAUCAGGAGAGGGUUUCUUUUUAAGGUAUCUUCUUGUAGGUGUCAUAAUUGCCAUGAAUAAACAAUAUUUUCCUCUAACAGUAAACUGCAAGAAGCUUUUGAUCCUUUAUCAAUUUUGCAAAAAAGCAAGUUUUAAGCAGCCCAUGUUCUUACAAAAAAAAUCAACAUCCUCUUUGUUUAAGCUACCUAUGCGCUGAACAAACAAAACAAUUUAAUAGCCAACACCAAAACCCAGCAUGUAGUUACUAGAAGUGCCAUGUUAACUAUAAGCAAUUGCUGUAAUCACUAAUUUCUAUUCAACAUUUGUGACCCAUUAGUUGGGACUUAAUUUACUAUACUGCAUGCAAAUCAUCAAGCAAUUGCUUCAAAUGAAAUGUCUACAAUGUGAGUUAAUAAUUAAAUCAAUCCUCAAGUUGAAAAACACUUUUUCUCCAAUUUGCCUGAAUAUUUCAGGAGGAAGUGUUUAUAUUAUAAUAAUUAGCUAUAUAAUUGCAUCAACUUUUUAUUUCAAGGUAUAGUUGCCAAGUAAAGUGGGAUCUGGAAAGUCUCUGGAUAAUUUCUUUACAAAAAAAGUUUAAAUCACAUAAAAAGCCAAUCUUCUCUUCCCUGUGUUACUUCAAAAUAACUUUGAAGUGACUAUUCUGAGCUUUAUCUGUGUUAACAUGAUUAACUGACCAUACUACUAAUGUGACCCUGUAUGUACAAGGAUAGUAUUGAAAUAUGCUGGUAAAUCUAUUUCAGAUACUUUAAGUGAAUUGCCAUUGAUUCUACGAUUAAGUUCUGUGAAUAGGACAUUAUAUCAUUUAAGCUGUUUUGUCAAUUUGAUUUUUAUGCUUUUGGAACGGCCGCUGUUUCAGCUGUUGGCCUUUUCAAUUCUAUACUCCAUUUUAUAGAAUUGAAUAAUGGACACAUGUCACUUGGGAAGCAACGUAAGUAUCACAUUAUUUUUUGCCACCCUUUCAUCAUAAAUGGAAGAAUCAGUUAUAAUGAGAUAAACCAGGUCUGUUUUUUACAACUUUGUUCUUAUAAAUCUGCAGUUAUAUGGAGUAUUUAGUUAUACUGAAUUUUACAGUUAUUAUAGUGUGAAAAACCUUACAAAAUAUGUGCAAAUGUUUCUUCAGUUUUAAUACCUCAAACUGUUUUUUGCACUUCAGGGGUAAGGUCUGAUGACAUGUAAAAGAUGAUCGUUUAAUAAAAUAAUUGUUCAAAAUGUU